UGUAUUUUACAGGUAGAUUGGGCACAAAACCAUUUGUAUGAUUAUAUCUUUCAUCAGAUUGCUCGUCCACAACACUGGUUCACUUGUCAAAAACAUGGGCCCUACAUAGAAAUGCAGUUGCCUCCAGAUGUGCACUAUAAUUCAACAUGGUUGGGGUUCACUGUCUAUGCUUUGUAUGGUAUUCAGAUGCAACAAGCUGGUUUCAGUUACAAGCUGGAUUCAACAAUUUUGCUUCACUAUUCUGGUCUUUCAGUUUCGUUUGCACCAUACCCAGCCUUUCCCCUCUCUGGAGACAUUUUUGAUGAGUCAUCACAACGACUAGUUGUAUUUUACAUACCACGCCGUGUUUAUCAGUUGAAUCGGUGUAAUCACAUUGGGGCUUUAUUUAAAAGCGGUGACCCAGGUGUGCAAGUUGAAAUGUGUGGAAUCCGUCUUGUAUAUGAGCAACAUGUUGAAGAGUUUGUGCAAACACUUGUGGAGUACAUGUUAGCGAGACCGGAUACCAAUCAUCAAUCUUUUUACGAACGUCUUUCACAUCAACGUAGAAUAUUGCAAGGCUGCAAUCAUGAAAAACAUUAUCUUUGUCCUUUCUUACCAGAAAGGAGGCCUAACCCCAUGCCAAUGUUUCUACCAAAUAAUGAAACUAUACAAGAGGAGUGUACUUCACGGUAUCAAGUUUGUCAAGAUCAGAAAGCGAGAACUUUCUCCAAUGAAAGAUCCACGAAGUCCAUUUUUCUUGCACCAUGGUGA